AUGCAUCACGCUGAUACAUCAUCUCUCGAUGGCGAAUUCGACGAUUCGAAUGACACGCCCCCGAACGAAUAUACUUCACUUCUCCCCAAACCAAUUGAUCCAGAAGACAGGACUCGGCCGGAUGAUUCCUUGCGAGGAGAUGGGCUCAACCUGAGGCGAGUGCGACGGCUAUUGACCGAGUUCUGGGAAUUGACCAAAAGUUCACUUCCCGUAAUUCUGGCCUAUACGCUCCAGAUGAGUCUACAAACCGCCACGGUGGUCAUUAUUGGACAUUCAUCUCCGAUGAAUCUCGCUGUCACCGCCUUCUCAAUGAUGUUUGCAUUUGUCACUGGCUGGAUGAUCGCGCUCGGUGGAACGACUGCCCUGGAUACUCUUGCUUCAUCUACGUUUACUGGAAGCGGAAACAAACAUGAUCUUGGGAUUCUCCUUCAACGUGCAUUCUUGGUUCUAAGCCUGCUCUAUAUCCCUGUGUGUGUCUUGUGGGCCUGCUCGAAUGCAUUUUUCUUGGCUCUUGGUCAGGACCCUGAGCUCUCUUAUCAAACUUCCCGUUUCUUAACCGUGCUUAUCCCCGGUGGUCUGGGGUAUAUUUACUUCGAGACAAUGAAGAAAUUCUUGCAAGCUCAAGGUGAGAAAAAAACUUCAAUUACCCAUGUGAGUACCGACAAUCUUCUGACAUAUUACAAUACAGGAAUAAUGAGAGCUGGAACGUAUGUUCUGAUGAUCACCUCGCCACUCAAUGCAGGGCUAUGUUAUCUGCUCUGUUACACCCUGAAUUUCGGACUCCUGGCUGGUCCAAUUGCAGCAGGAAUUUCAUAUUGGACAUCUUUCCUGCUCUUGGUUUUAUAUGCUCGAUUCAUUGCUGGUUCGGAGUGCUGGGGCGGGUGGUCAUGGGCAGCUUUUGAGAACUUGGGAACUUUCACAAGGCUGGCCAUUCUCGGUUUUUUCCACGUCGGCACAGAAUGGUGGGCAUUUGAAAUCGUUGCGCUGGUAGCCGGACGACUUGGAACUAUUCCACUUGCAGCACAGAGUGUCAUCAUGACCGCUGAUGGAAUCCUAAAUACAAUUCCGUUCGGCCUCGGCGUUGCAACGUCUUCUCGGCUCGGUAAUCAGUUGGGUUUACGCAAUGCAAAGGGCGCUUCAGUAACCGCCCACUCGUCGGCUGUACUUUCUAUGAUCUAUGGCGCUUUGGUGCUUACAGUUUUGAUGGGCACUCGGGAUCAUUUUGCAAAAAUAUUCAAUAAUGAUCCACGGGUCGUUGAAUUGACAGCAGAUAUUAUGCCAUUCGUUGCGCUGUUCCAAAUUGCAGAUGGUUUGAAUGGAAGCUGUGGUGGAAGCCUUCGAGGGAUGGGUCGGCAGCAUUUGGGUGCUGCAGUGAAUAUUGUGAGUUAUUACUGCUUUGCCUUGCCUCUGGGUAUAUACCUGGCAUUCCAUGGCUGGGGUCUCAAAGGGCUCUGGAUAGGCCAGUGCGUUGCGCUUUAUUGCGUCGGGACCUUGGAGUGGGUUGUCCUCGCGAUGACGAAUUGGGAAUCUCAGGUACAGAAAGCUUUCAAGAGGAUGGAUGUAAGCCAGUAG